CCCGCGGCCGCGGAGCGCAGCCGAGACCCGGGAGCGUGUUCCGCCGGCGGGGCGCGGCACCGCACGGCGCCGGGCGCAGCAGGCACCAUGGCCCGCAGCAGGGCGCUGCUGCUUCUGCUGCUGUUGCCACCACAGCUGCCUCUGGGACCCGUGCUCUCGGUGAGAGCCCCCAUGUUUGGCCAAAGCAGUGCCCAUAGCCUGAGCCCUGAGGAGAACGAAUUUGUAGAGGAGGAGCCCGUGCUGGUCCUGAGUCCCCAGGAGCCAGGGCCUGGCCUGGCUACCAUCAACUGCCCCCGAGACUGCGCCUGCUCCCAGGAGGGAGUUGUGGACUGUGGCGGCAUCGACCUGCGUGAGUUUCCAGGGGACCUGCCCGAGCACACCAACCACCUGUCCCUGCAGAACAACCAGCUGGAGAAGAUCUACCCUGAGGAACUGUCUCGGCUGCAGCGGCUGGAGACUCUGAACCUCCAGAACAACCGCUUGACUUCCCGAGGGCUCCCGGAGGAGGCAUUUGAACAUCUGACCAACCUCAAUUACCUGUACCUGGCUAAUAACAAGCUCACGUUGGCACCCCGAUUCCUGCCAAAUGCCCUGAUCAGCGUGGACUUUGCUGCCAACUAUCUCACCAAGAUCUAUGGGCUCACCUUUGGCCAGAAGCCAAAUUUGAGGUCUGUGUACCUGCACAACAACAAGCUGGCAGAUGCCGGGCUGCCGGACAGCAUGUUCAACGGCUCCAGCAGCGUGGAGGUCCUCAUCCUGUCCAGCAACUUCCUGCGUCACGUGCCCAAGCACCUGCCUCCUGCCCUGUACAAGCUGCACCUCAAGAACAACAAGCUGGAGAAGAUCCCACCUGGGGCCUUCAGUGAGCUGAGCAAUCUUCGUGAGCUAUACCUGCAGAACAACUACCUGACCGAUGAGGGCCUGGACAACGAGACCUUCUGGAAGCUCUCCAGCCUGGAGUACCUGGAUCUGUCCAGCAACAACCUGUCCCGGGUCCCAGCCGGGCUUCCACGCAGCCUGGUCCUGCUACACCUGGAGAAGAACGUCAUCCAGAGAGUGGAUGCGGAUGUUCUGACCCCCAUUCGCAGCCUUGAGUACUUGCUGCUGCAUAGCAACCAGCUGCGGGCAGAAGGCAUCCACCCACUGGCCUUCCAGGGCCUCAAGCGGCUGCACACGGUGCACCUGUACAACAACGCGCUGGAGCGUGUACCCAGUGGCCUUCCCCGCCGCGUGCGCACACUCAUGAUCCUGCACAACCAGAUCACUGGCAUCGGCCGGGAGGACUUCGCCACCACCUACUUCCUAGAGGAGCUCAACCUCAGCUACAACCGCAUCACCAGCCCACAGAUGCACCGCGACGCCUUCCGCAAGCUGCGCCUGCUGCGCUCGCUUGACCUGUCCGGCAAUCGCCUGCACACGCUGCCUCCGGGCCUGCCCCGCAAUGUGCACGUGCUGAAGGUCAAACGCAAUGAUCUGGUCGCCCUAGCACGUGGGGCACUGGCCGGCAUGGCCCAGCUGCGAGAGCUCUACCUCACUGGCAACCGACUACGUAGCCGGGCCCUGGGCCCUCGUGCUUGGGCGGACCUUGCCCACCUGCAGUUGCUGGACAUUGCUGGGAAUCAGCUCACAGAGAUCCCCGAGGGGCUCCCAGAGUCCCUUGAGUACCUGUACCUACAGGACAACAAGAUUAGCACAGUGCUGGCCAAUGCCUUCGACUCCACACCCAACCUCAAGGGGAUCUUCCUCAGGUUUAACAAACUGGCCGCGGGCUCUGUGGUAGAAAGCGCCUUCCGGAGGCUGAAGCACCUGCAGGUCUUGGACAUUGAAGGCAACUUUGAGUUUGGUGACAUUUCCAAAGACCGUGGCCGCUCGGACAAGAAAGAGGAAGAAGAGGACGAGGAAGAGGAAGAGGAAGAGGAAGACGAGGAGGAAAGCAGAUAAUGCCAAGGUGACACAGAUCUGACCUAGGACAAUGGACCGCCGGACUCCUUUCUGCAGCACAGGCCUGCGCCUUGUGAGCCCUGUUUUGCCACACCCAGCACUGAACCCAUGGGGCAUCCUACAAUGGCACAGGCUGAACACAGUCUCCUAUCCCUCCCCUCUGCCCCCUUCUGCAGCGUGUUCCACAGCAGACAUGUGCUGGCACCACGCUGCACCCUAACACACCAAGCUUGGUCACACACAGCCAGCUGCACAUCACCCUCCAACCCCAUACACUCUUGAGCCCAGGCCCACCACUGCCGUCACGCCUGCUCUCUGAGUCAUGCAGGCUCCAAAAAGCUCUGGCAUACUCAGGCAU